AUGAUUAAUAUUAAAUUGCAGAAUUAUGUGUCGCCGUGCACGCACAGAUACAGAUCUAUCUAUCUAUCUAUCUAUCUAUCUAUCUAUCUAUCUAUCUACCUAUCUAUCUAUCUAUCUAUCUAUCUAUCUAUCUAUCUAAGUUCAGAUUUGGACAAUUUUGCUGUUACACCCGGUAUAUAUAUAUAUUUCAUCUAUCUAUCUAUCUAUCUAUCUAUCUAUCUAUCUAUCUAUCGUUCGUUCUUUUAUAUUAAGUUUUCUUUCUUUUGCUUCCUGUAUUUUUUCAUAUCUAUCUAUCUAUCUAUCUAUCUAGAAAAUUCAUCUAUCUAUCUAUCAAUCUAUCUAUCUAAUUUUUUUCAAAUUUAUUCACACUUUCUAUCUAUCUAUCUAUUCAUCUAUCUAUUAUCUAUCUAUAUAUCUAUCUAUCUAUCUCAUCUUCUUUUCAAUAUCUAUGUAUCUAUCUAUCUAUCUAUCUAUUUCUAUCUAUCUAUCUAUCUAUCUAUCUAUCUAUCUAGUCUUUUUCAAUAUCUAAUAUCUAUAACUUAUCUAUCUAUCUAUCUAUCUAUCUAUCUAUCUAUCUAUGUCAUUGUUCAUGUUAUGUACAGUUUUUCUUUCUUUCUUUCUUUCUUUUGUAUCUCUUGCUUUUUUUUUUAUAUAGAUUUUUUUUACUUUUUAAAUUCUAUCUAUCUAUCUAUAGAUUAUCUAUCUAGAAAUUAUAUAUCUAGAAUAUUAUCUAUUUAUUUAUAUUCAAAGUCUUUUCAUAUCUAUUAUCUAUCUAUCUAUAUAUCUAAAUAUAUCUAUCAUUAUUAUCUAUCUAUCAUUUUUUGUGUAGUGUUCCUUCAGUCCUUGAAAGCCUAUUUCAUUUUUACUUCAAAUUAUUUUGUUUUCUUUGUUUAUUUAUCUAUUAAAUCUAUCUAUCUAUCUAUCUAUUAUCUAUUUUUCUUUUUUUGUUUUUUCAUCUAUCUAUCUAUCUAUCUAUCUGUUCAUUUUCUUUCUUUCUUUCUAUCUAUCUAUCUCAUCUUCUUUCUUUGUUUUUAUCUAUCUAUCUAUCUAUCUAUGUUUUUUUUGUGUAGUCUUCCUUCAAUUAUUUUUUAUUCUAAAUGUUUGUGUUUUCUUUCAUUUUUCCAUCUUUCUUUUUUCUUUCUUUCUUCUUCAUUUUUUAAUUUCUGGUUUUGGUCUUUUCAACAUCAUUUUUUUCUCUUUCUAAUUAUUUUCUGUUUUUCUUCUCAUUUUAUCUUCCUAUUUUUUCUUCGUUCUUCCAUUACGUUUUUUAUUUGUUUUUCUUUCUAUUUCUUCCCUUGUUUUUUUUUUUUUUUCUUUCUUUCUUUUUUUCAUUUUUUUUCUUUCUUUCUUUUUUCUUUCUUUCAUUUUUUCUUUCUUUUUUUCAUUUCUUUCUUUCUUUUUUUUUUUUUUUAUAAAUUUUCUUUUUUUUUAAAAUUUCUUUGGAAAAAUUUCUUUCUUAUCUCAUCACUGAUUUUUAUUCUGUUUUUUCUCUUUGUUUUUCCCUUGCUUUCAUUCAUUCAUUUAUUCAUUCAUUCUUUUACUGAUUCAUUCAUUGAAAUACCUAAGCAAAUAUAA